AUGGACUUCUUAAAAAAGAUUUCUGACAAACCAGGAGAAGAAGAGACGGAACCUGCAUUUAAGGCGAGUACAUUACGAACUUUUAAAUAUAUUGGAAAUGUGCACGGUGAUGAACCUGUGGGACGUGAGCUUCUUAUACUUUUGGCCAAUUGGUUGUGUGAUAACUAUUUGAAAGAUCCUUUGGUGGCCACAAUUGUGGUCGCAGGUUAUAUCCUUGAUAUUACUGUAGAUUUUGGACAAUGCGGCCACAGAUGUGGUUGCAGAAAUCUCAUAUUGACUAGAGAUAUGGCAAAAUUGAUUGUGGAGAAUGUGCACCUUCAUUUGCUUCCAUCAAUGAAUCCUGAUGGAUUUAGUUUAAGAAAGCGUGGUAAUGCUAAUAAUAUUGAUUUGAAUCGGGAUUUUCCUGACCAGUUUGUUUUUAUAAACGAUGAUGAGGAUUCCCGGCAGCCUGAAACAAGAGCAAUAAUGAAUUGGUUGAGAGAUAUACAAUUCACAGCAUCUGCCAGUUUGCAUGGGGGUGCACUUGUUGCAAAUUAUCCAUGGGAUGGUACCGAAGACAAAAGGACUAAGUACUAUGGGUGUCCUGAUGACGAUGCAUUUCGAUUCAUGGCAAGUAUCUAUAGUCACUCUCAUUAUAAUAUGUCUUCAAGCAAGGAAUUUCUCGGUGGAAUUACAAACGGAGCAGCAUGGUACCCUCUAUAUGGGGGAAUGCAAGAUUGGAACUAUAUACAUGCUGGUUGUUUUGAGUUGACCUUGGAAGUUAGUGAUAAUAAAUGGCCUAAUGCUACUGAGGGAACUCAAAAAAAGCAAGAAAAUCUUAAACCCCCAGAGAAACUUGGGAUGCAUUCUGACAUAAAUCAAGCAUUCAAUUUAAAGUUUCCAGUGUUAAAACAACUUCCUAUCCUUUGGAGAUACAACAAAAUGAGCUUGCUUAAUCUUGUGGCAAGCCUCGUGAAGACAGGAGUGCAUGGAAGGAUAUAUUCUUCAGGCGAUGGAAGGCCAUUACCAGGCUCUAUAACAGUCAGUGGAAUAAAUUACACAGUUAUAGCUGGAAAAACUUUUGGUGACUAUCAUCGCUUUCUUUCCCCAAGAGAUAAAUAUGAAGUAGUGGCAACCAUGCCUGGCUUCAAAUCAAAGAAUACAACUAUUUGGUUGGAUGAUGGACCUGUGACAUUGGAUUUUGUCCUUGAUCCUGUAGUCAGUGUCAAAGGGAGUGUACUACAGAAUAUAUAUGAUUGUGACUGUUACAGUAAAAGCACACAAGACUUUGUUCGGUUUCUUUGGGGAGCUCACUUCGAAGGUUUCUUUAUUUUGAUUGUCAUUUUAGGAUUUUUACUUCUAUUAUUUCAGAGGAGAGCAAAAGUCAAAUUUUCAACAAGCAGACCGUUAGCGGGGUCAAAAAGAACAAUUGAGUUCUUGAAAGGAAGAAAAUGGAAGUUAAAAGAACGUUGCUCAAGAUAUUCAAUUGUACAGGUGUGGAUACCUGGAGAAUCGCAUACCAAUAUAUUAACAGUAAGUUAA